UCCAGGUCUCUGUGCUCUACUGCUCUCUAGUCUGUACUCUCUCCCAUCAUUGGCACUGAGAAGAAUCGAAACGGAACCCUGGAAUUAGGAGUCCAGAGUUAGCAGAGAGAACGUGAAACAAAAUUUCGAUUUUUCUCAUCUCCCUUCCCGAUUCUUCUUCUCAUCGUAGUAACAACUCUCUACCGCGAUUUGGUGGUGUGAGUUCAGGGGCUGAAUUUAGGUUUUUGGAGAAGAUGAUGCAGAUCUCAGGGGUUAUCAGCGACGGUUUGGUGAUUCUUCCGUCCUCCGGGGGUUUUAGGUCGCUGGAUUUUAAGAGUUUCCCCCCAUUUUAUGAUACCAAGUCCCUUCUUUCCGGUGGAAUUCUCAAGAGAUACCCUUCUUGCUUUCUGAGGUUAGGAGCUGGACUGGAAAAGUGCCGAACAAGGAGCUUAUCAGUAAGAGCUUCAGGGCAUUCAAACAAUGAUACAACUCCAAUUGCUCCACUUCGCUUUGAAUCUCCAGUGGGCCAGCUUUUGGUGCAAAUAAUGCAAACCCAUCCACAUCUGCUGCCUGCAGCCAUUGAUCAGCAACUUGAGAAUCUUCAAACUGAUCAGGGUGCCCAAGGAGAAGAAUCUCUGCCUCCUCAGAAUGACCUCCUCUAUAGGAGAAUAGCUGAAGUCCAGGAGAAAGAAAGACGGAAAGCUCUUGAGGAGAUAAUAUACUGUUUGAUCGUACAAAAGUUCAUGGAAAAUGCCAUUUCGAUGAUACCACCAAUAUCAGUGCCUUCCUCGGAUCCCACUGGCAGGGUGGAUUUAUGGCCAAACCAAGAACAGAAACUGGAGUCUGUCCACUCCCCUGAAGCCUUUGAGAUGAUUCAGAGCCACUUAUCUCUUGUUCUUGGAGAUCGGCUUGUGGGUCCUCUUGAUACUAUUGUCCAAAUCAGCAAGCUCAAACUUGGGAAGCUCUAUGCAGCCUCUAUAAUGUAUGGAUAUUUCCUCAAAAGAGUUGAUCAGAGGUUUCAACUUGAGAGAACCAUGAAAACUCUUCCUGAUGGUUUUGAUGAAGAUCAGGUACUUAAAGAUCCAGCACCUGAAAACCAGCUCUGGGAUGCAGAUAGCUUGAUUCGGAUCUCACCUGAUGAUGGUGACAGUGAUGGUGAUGGAGAUAUACUGGGUUCUGGUGAAACCAAGUCAUAUAGAUUGAGGUCUUACGUAAUGUACUUGGAUGCAGAGACACUGCAGAGAUAUGCAACCGUAAGGACUAAGGAAGCUAUUUCUUUGAUAGAGAAGCAGACACAGGCCUUGUUUGGUAGGCCAGACAUCAGGAUUGCUGAGGAUGGUUCACUUGAUACAUCUAAUGAUGAAAUGAUUGGACUUACAUUUUCAGGAUUGACUAUGCUCGUCUUGGAGGCAGUUGCCUUUGGAUCAUUUUUAUGGGAUGCAGAAAGUUAUGUAGAAUCCAAAGACGAGUCUGUCACUAGCUGAGUAAAGUUUUUAAGUGUAAAUUUGUACGCAUUAUUGAAAUACAGUGGCCUUCCAGUCUUAGGAUAAUGUUUUAACUGUGUAAAUAUGGUAGUUGGCUCUCUUGUUCUUAUGGGGCUUUAUCUGAAGCAGAGGUCUGAGCAUCUGAAAUGAACUCUGAAAAAAUAAAAGAUUUUUCAAAAGAUGUA